AUGGGCAACAGCCAUGGCAGUGAGGGCUACCCCAGAAUGGUGGCCAAAGUUUUGUGGCAAGGCACCGCGGUGGUGCGAGUGCCCGCCCUCCUUCAGACGAGAGUGGACAAAGCGGUGACUCGGCUGAAGAAGCAGAGCGAUGCCGCAAGCCACACCUACCUUAAGGCACCGCUCGCUGGGAAUGCCUCGUCCGGAAGGCUGAACAUCUCGCUGACGCCGUUGGCCAACGUUUUGGCCCACGGCCGUUACGACCUUGGCCAGGAAAUUGUCCUGUUCAAGCUGCUGGGCGACUUCGUUGGUCGCGUGCUCUUCUUUUUGCUGCCUUCACCAAGGCGCUUGCGGCUUCACCUGUGGCUGAAUUGGGCUGUGGCUUUGCUACGGCUUCCCGCCUGGAUAGUCUUGGUUCUCCAUGCGGCGAGCAAGGAUAUCAUCCUCGGCGACGUCCUGCUGUUGGUGAUUUGGUUUCCAUUCGUGGUGACAGCAGCUCUUUGCGGCAGCUGGCUGCAAGUGGUGGCCAUCCAGGCUGUCGAAGAGCCAGCCAAGCGUGGAACCGCUGCACAAAUGAACGUCGCUGUGUACCUGGGAUUCCUCAGCGGCGUAGUUUUCGCGGCUGCCUUCUCAAUCGCUGCCAAAGAUGCGUCUUGA